AUCCUUUCAUUCUCCCUCACUUUCUCGUCUUUUCUCCCUCUCUCCUGAAUCUUCUAGAAUUCCCUUCAAAUCCACAGCCCCUAUUCCCUUUUCUCUCUCCACUCAUUCAAUAUCUGUGACCGUCUUCUUUUCUCUUUGUUUCUCCAAAUCCAUCAUCUUCCAUUUCCAGAAAAGUAUAUCUCUUUUUCCUUAUUCUUUUGGUUUCCGGUUUAUUGGAAACUCCGGUGAUGUCUAGGCCACCGGUGGAGCAGAGCGGCGGCGAGUCACAGAAAUCUCUUCCGACGCCGUUUCUGACGAAAACCUAUCAGCUGGUUGAGGAUCGGACAGUGGACGAUGUGAUUUCGUGGAAUGAAGACGGAUCUGCUUUCAUCGUGUGGAACACUGCCGUGUUCGCCAGAGAUUUGCUUCCUAAGUACUUCAAGCACAACAAUUUCUCCAGCUUCGUCCGACAACUUAACACCUACGGAUUUCGAAAGGUCGUACCUGAUCGGUGGGAAUUCUCCAACGACUGCUUUCGCCGAGGCGAAAAACGCCUUUUAUGCGACAUACAACGGCGGAGAAUCUCUUCGACGGCCCCGAUCUCGCCGGUAUCGUCGUCAAAUUGUGCUGACGAACGAUUGAUCUCGUCGAACUCGCCCCCGGCGACCACGACCACACCACAUGCCACCAGUAAUACUGCCGGACUGAUGGAUGAAAAUGAAAGAUUAAGGAAAGAGAACGUGGAGCUUAAUCGAGAACUUAGCCGGAUGAAGACUCUUUGCAACAACAUCUUCGCUCUGAUAUCGUCAAACUAUACUAACAAUAUUUUCGGAAAUGUUUCGCAAACAGACAAACCUCUGAAUCGCUUCCCGGAGAAGCAGUUCUCCAGCGAGAUGAUGAUAGAGGAAGAAAUGACUCCUCGAUUGUUCGGUGUUGCCAUUGGGGCGAAGCGUGCAAGGGAAGGAGAGAGCGGGUUUGGUGGCAGACCCGGAUCCGGUACUGGAACUCCAACGGCCUUGGUCGGAGGUGAAAUCUGAGCCGGCAGAUUAUUGUCUGCACAAUCCGGUAGUUGUAGAGACGCGUGAUGUAGAUGAUCAGCCAGCUGUUUUAGUGCCCGUACAAGGAGAGGCACGUGCGAAAUGAAUCACGUGGUUCGCGAAACCUUAUAGGGCAUAUUCCGUUAGGGAAAAAAAAUGGAAAUUAGGAUUUUUGGUUUUUUUUUUUUUUUUUUUAACUUCAUAACCUGAAACCUCUGUUUAGAUUCUAGAAUUGUCUUUGGAUUUUCAUAUUUACAACUCACAAACCCUUUCCCAGUUACAAGUUAAAACCAGACAGAACACAAUACUUUAUAUUUACACUACUAACUCAAAUUUAAUGUAUGAGGUAGAGCAUUAAAAGCGAAUAAAUAUAAUGGUUGGGAGAUGGUUUGUUGAGAAAAUAUAAGUUAUUAUAGAGGGUCUUAGACGUGCAAGUAUAGAUUACCUACUUUGAAACGCACUUUAUUGAUAUUAAAGUCUUUCUUUUUGCCCUUUUUAUGGAAUAUGGGGAUUUGUUUCUCAAAAUUGUUAAAUCCAUAGAAAUGAGAGGCAGGUGGGCAGGCAUAAGAGCAUGAUUGCACGAGGAUGGAAAGUAGAAAAUAAUUUAUGGAGAAGGAAUCCCUACGGAUAUCUGGUGCAGGCGUGGAUCCUGAAAUUUUACUGAGAGCCCACAUGCAAUGAGCGAGGCCAUGGGUUCCACUUGGAAGUUGGAACACAUGGUAGGUGGCUAAUUUCUUUAUGAUAAGCUAGUCAUUGUCUGUUUUCUAGGUUACUGCCUCGUCUUUUGACUUGUCUCUAUGAUAUUUCAUUGCCUUU